AUGUCGGACAUACUCGAGGUCAGAAACAACCUCCCUCGCAUCAACCAUCUAUCGCGGGGUCUUCGAAAAUGGGAGACGGUAUGGGCUGUGAUAUCAAUCCAGGGGCACCCGCUAACUACGCAUAGCUACCAAGUUGUCAAGGAGGGAAGAUCCUGGUUUCCAUCAGAUGAACAGCAGUGGGAGAGUCUAGAGGCAGGGCAUCUCAUCGCGAUAAUCCUAGACUCGCACAGGAAAAAUCCGCUUUUUUAUGCACCGGUUGAAAAUCCCAAGCACAUCCUAGACAUAGGAACAGGCCGAGGGAGUUGGGCCGUCAGCGACACAGCAGAUCUAUUCCCAGAGACAAUCGUCCGAGGCGUAGACCUCUUUCCCCCACCAGGAGACUGGUUCCCCCCAAACUGCAUAAUGGAAGUAGACGACAUCCUCCAAGAAUGGACCUGGCGCGACCCAUUCGAUCUGAUCCACCUACGACACAUGCUAGGCUCGUUCACACCGGAUGAAUGGGAUAUCGUAUACAAGCAUUGUUACGACAACCUAAAACCCGGCUCCUGGAUUGAACACCUAGAAAUGGACCCCAGAAUAAGCUGCAGCGACAACAGCCUCCCGCCAAACGCAUACACACCGAAUUUCAGCGAGCGAGUACUAGACGCAGCAGAGAACUGGAAUCACCCGCUAGACACAGUGCGCACAAUGCGAUCCGGGCUCGAAAAGGCCGGGUUCGUAGAUAUCCAUGAAAAGAGCUAUCGAUGUCCUAUCGGGCCGUGGGCGCGUGAUGCUACACUCAAAGAGGCGGGUCGGUUGCAUUAUCAUCAUUGGGCUACUGGGAUGGAGGGGUGGGCUAUGUUUAUUCUUACUAAAUGGGGGCUUCCGAAGCCUUGGACUAAAGAGGAAGUGCAGGUUCUUGUUGCUAAGGCGAGGAAGGAGUUGAAGGAUCCUCAUUUGCAUAUGUUUCAGCAUACGAGGAGGGUUUGGGCUAGGAAGCCGACUGUUGAGGAGAUGAGUGGGAUUCAUGUUAAGCAGGAAGAGGAUGGUAUUGCUUUGAUUAAGAGGGAGGAGGUUAGGUGA